AUGAAGUGCCUCCUGCUUACUCUGGGCCUGGCCCUCGUCUGUGGAGUGCAGGCCAUCGAUGUGUUUGAGACUGUGAAGCAUCUGGACAUCCAGAAGCCCUCUGGCUCCCUGCGAGUGUUCAUCUCGGAGCUGAGGCCCACCCCUGAGGGCAACCUGGAGGUCACCCUGCAAGCAUGGGAGGACAACAGGUGCAUGGAGAAGAAGAUCUUUGCAGAGAAAACUGAGAGUCUAGAGAAGUUCCGGAUCAACUACCUGGGGGAGAACAGGCUAGUGUUCCUGGAUGCUAACUAUGAAGAUUACCUGUUCCUCUGCAUGGAGAAUAUCGCUGACCCCUCACAAACCCUGAUGUGCCAGUACCUGGCAAGGACCCUGAGGGUGGACAAGCAGGUCAUGGAGAAGUUCAGCGACGCUGUCAAUACUCUGUCCGUGCGGAUGCCCAUCUUCCUGGAUGUGACCCAGGGGGCCGAGCGGUGCCGCAUCUAG